UAAAGGAUCAAGAUCAAGGCUCCAUAAUGGCUACAAGUACCUCGCAGUUGGCCAGCACAGUGGCCACUGUGGCAGCAGCCAGCGCAGAGGCUCUGCGGUUCAGCGCAACCGAUUACAUUGUCUUCACCGUGAUGCUAAGUGCAUCGGCGGGCAUUGGUGUGUAUUUUGGGUUCUUCUCGAAGGCCAAGAACACAACCGAAGAGUACCUGCAAGGCGGCAAGAAAAUGCCCACAUGGCCCGUGGCCAUAUCCCUGGUCUCCAGUCAACUUUCCGGUGUGGCAAUGAUGUCCAUUCCGGCAGAGUCCUAUACCUUCGGCUUCAACAUUGUGUUCAUCGUGAUGUCUAUGAUCCUGACGGUGCCCGUUCUCAUCUACAUCAUUGUGCCUGUGUUCUACGAGAACAAUGUCUCUAACUGCUACGAGUACCUGGAGAUGAGGUUCAGCAAGCUCACCCGCCAAUUGGUCACCAUUACGUUCAUAAUGAACCAAUUUCUGAUGCUGCCCGUCUACAUGUUCAUUCCCUCGCUGGCCUUCUCCCAAGUGACGGGCAUCAACAUCCACCUGAUCAACACAGUGGUCUCCUCCGUGUGCGUCUUCUACACGAUGCUGGGCGGCAUCAAGGCUGUGGUCUGGACGGAUGUCCUCCAGGCUGGCGUGAUGCUGCUCUCCGUAUUGCUGGUGGCUUUCCUGGGCACUUCGAACAGCGGCGGAUUAAGCAACGUCCUGGAGAGUGCCUCUGAGGGUGGACGCCUUGACUUUAACUUCGGGAUAGAUCCACGCUUGCGUGUCACAUUCUGGAGUGGAAUAUUCAGCGGCCUGCUCAUGUGGACGGGCAAGGUGGGCCUCGACCAGAGCUGUGUGCAGCGCAUCGUCUCCCUGCCGUCGUAUACGCACGCUAAGAAAUCCCUAAUUAUUGCUGGCGUUGGCUUUCUGCUCAUCAUGACCUUCACCUGCUUCAUUGGCAUCAUCAUGUUUGCCUACUACUACGGCUGCGAUCCCAUACAGGCUGGGCUCGUGAGCAAACCGGACAAACUGAUGCCAUUCUUCAUUCAGGACAUAAUGGGGCAUCUAACUGGCAUGCCGGGCGUAUUCAUUUCCUGUGUGUUCAGCGCCUCCCUCAGCUCCCUGUCCGCCAGUCUUAAUUCCUUUGCCGGCGUUGUCUACUUUGACUACAUCAAGCCACACAUCCGGCACACGGAUGCCCGCGCGAACGGCAUCAUGAAGCUGGUGAUCAUCGUGAUGGGUGCUUACUGCAUCCUGGGCGGAUAUAUGGUGCAGAACUUCAACUCAAUCAUCCAGACCAUGUGGACGAUAACGGGCAUCAAUACGGGCGCCGUUGUGGGCGUGUUCCUGCUCGGCAUGUUUGUGCCCCGCUGCAGUGCCAAGGUGGCAGUCACGGGCAUAGUCUUUAGUGUGCUGGCCAUGCUGUGGAUCAUCAUCAAUGCCCAGUUUAACUUUAAGGCUGGCCUCAUCCGGUACGAUGUUCUUCCCAAUGGCCUGGAUCAGUGCGAGACGCGCGAUUUCCAAGUGAUCCUGAACUCCAUCAACAAUAACAUCACGAGGGUGUUGACUACGCCGGCUCCCUCCUCGGAUGCACCGCAACAGGUGACCACUGCCUUCGGCAGCAAUCGGGACUUCUCCCUCUACGACAUCUCCUUCUAUUGGUACAAGGUGCUGGGUGCCAUUCUGGUGUUCGCCUGGGCCAUUCCCAUGAGCUAUGUGUGGCCCACGGACAAAGAGGAGAAGCAGAAUCCAAAGCUAUAUUCGCCAUUUGUUCGCAACAUGUUGAACCUGCCCGAUCCUGUGGUAGAAAUGGAGGAGAUGCCGCUGAAGGCAUCAUCCGACUCAAAGGCUAAGGAGAACGGCACUACGCAAGCUGCCUACUGAACACAUGACUCACAUCCAUUCGCACAUAUGUAUUACAUUAUAUUAUGUUAAUAAUAAUAAUAAGAAAACCUG